AUGAUUGCCACGUUAGUGUUGGCGAUGAAUUCUGGAAGAAAUGAAACGGUAGAUGAAAUGGAAUUAAAUGAAAUGAUAAAUCCAACGAUUUCUCCAAUGAACAUUAAUCAACAACGUGAGCAAUUUAGCGAUGACUUGAUGAUAGCAGUUGAAGAGGUUCAAAGAGAGAGACAGCAGUUAGGACGAACGGAUGAUAUUGGAUGGUUCUACUCACAGUUAUUUGAUUAUUUUCUUCGUGCUCAUAGAGGUACACCGAAACUUUUAACGAAUAAAGAAGCUUAA